CGUUGGUGGCAAACGCUGAUGCGCAUUGGUUCCUCGUCUGUUUGGACCCUCCCGGAGCUCUUCCGGGUGUGGAUAACCCACAUUUCCUCCUGCCGAGUCCGACACGCAUUCCCAAGAAAACAUCCUGGAUAACGGGCCGAGCUGCGUGUGAGUGCAAACCAUCGAAUGAAACAGCACUCGAGGUGGGAGACAGAUAGUUCGCGAGACACAGGACAUGUUUGACGACCGACUGUGGGAACCGUGGAAUAUUUGAGAUGUCAGAGCAUCGUUUCCCAACACCAUUCAUCAGCCAGCUGUUGUUUACGUUUCGAGUUAUAGAACGCAAACCUUCUCUGUACUGACUCUUUUUUUCUUUUUUAAUAUAUAAGACAUUAAGCAAGCAGUUUAAACAGGGAAACAAUAUGUGGCUAUAUACUUUGGCUAUUGCUCUUGUUGUCACUGCGCAUGAGGUGAACGGAGAGCCAGAUACGCGUCCAUCCUCAGCGACGCCGCUCAAUUCAACAUUACUCCCUCAAGAAGAAGAACAUUCAUCACAUAACGUUAAUGAAACCGAUUCAGCGGUUGGAUCUCGUAUUUCUACUAUUUUAAGGGAUCUUCCUACCAUCAAAAGCAUUUCGAUUUUCAUCUGCGUUUUAACAGUCUUGCUAAUCACGUGCCUUGUCAUAAAAAUAAUCAGAUCGGCAAAGAAGAUCAGAAAAACACGAAAGUAUGACAUAAUCACAACUCCCGCCGAGCGUGUAGAGAUGGCACCUUUAAAUGAAGAAAAUGACGAAGACGACGACUCGACCCUGUUCGAUGUCAAGUACAGGUGAAUUACAUUCUGCGCUCAGAGUCAUUGUUGAAGAUCUCUUCUAACCCCCCCUGGAUACCUCUGUGUGAACACAUCUAUACAGGAAUUGUGCUCGGCUUGAAUCUUCAGUGGAAGCAGUGUUUUUGUUUGACAUGUUUUUUGAUGUAUCAAUGUGUUUUGACAUUCCAAACCAGCACGAAAGCUGAUGUCUCAUGAAAGCUUUUCUGUUGAAAGCACAUUAAGUUAAUCAAAGAUUAAUUAUUAAAGUAUAAAAAUAAAACUUUUCUUCGCUCCAAAGAAAGGAGACACUAAAGUUAUUCCUCCACAAAUUAAUUAUUGCUUUAAUUAUUGCACAACUUUUCAUAUUUUUCCUUUUGCCCAAAAAUAUUCCAGUUGUUUUGUAGAAAGUUGGUAAUUCAAUAUAAUAUAUUCAACAUUGCCCUUGAAUGUAUCAGGCAGCUUAAACAUUUGUUUUACAGUAUAUCACACUGAAGUUAUUUUAAGUAAUAUUUUAAAAUGUAAUCAUAAUAUAUAUUAUAAUUUCAGACAAUUAUUAAAAUUAUUGAUUUAAAAACUCUACAUAUGGAGCUUACUUUAAGUGAUUUAGCUGUGCUUGAAUCAGCUCAAAGCUUCAAAUGAAUAGAAUAUAGAUAUAUUUGUGAUGGACAGACUUUUUUCUUUUUUUUUUUUUUUCCCUGUAUCUGACUAUUGACGAUGUUUAAAUGGAUGUUUAUGUUCCAAUACUUUUGGAAAAACGUGUUCCAAACGUCUUUAUUAUAUACUAUUGUCUGUAUAUACUACAUGCAAAUUAUUCCUCUGAAAUUGUUUAUUUUUUAGACAGAAAAAAAGCAUAUUUUGAUUUAAUAAGAGUAAUAUGUUUCAAACCUCCCUAUAUUUUGAGAAUUAUUAAUCUACUAACCACUAAUUGUGCAUAUUUACUGUAUAUGGGUUGAAUGUAUUUGUGAGAGAGGAUGUGUGUGGAGUUGGGAGAAUAUUGUUGCCGUAUUGCUGCUUUCUGAGGUUGGGGAUUGUUUUUUAUUGUCGCAUAUGCACACCUCCUUUUUUUUAAUUAACUUGGUUUUACAGUGGAAAACUGCAGUGCCACACAUCAUGAAGGGUUUAAACACAGAUAGCUAUCGUAUCAGAUAUAUUAAAUUAUAUUUCCCAGGUUUAGAGCAGCAUUGAAAGAAUCUCUUAAAGCUACAGCGAUAUAUAUUGUAUUGUGAACUUUCCUUAAAUUCAGUGCGAUUUUAUCUUAUCUUGAUUGCUCCUACUAGAUGUUAAUGUGAAGGACUUAUGUCCAGCAUCUAAGGGCCAAUAAGAAUGUUUAUUGAAUUAUAAAUUGUUUAUGAUGUAGCUGUUAUUGUCUGACUAGAAACUGAAGUAUGUGAUUCUCUCUCCUUCUAUUCUGCUCUAAAUGUUUCCAACUUCCUAAUGUAUUUUAUGCAAAUCUGAAUGGAGAGGAAUGGGAAGUAAAAAGUAUCAAAAGCGAGCGAUUGCUGACGGCUGUAAAACUGCACUGAUAAGAUGAAGUGUCUUGUCUAAGGUGUUUUUUCUUCCUUUAGCAUUCUGCAAUAAUUGAACAUGUCUUAAAAUACAUGCUUUAACUUUUUCCUGGGUUUGUCUGACAUGCUAGUCUAAACACUGGACAAAAAAAAAAAAAGUUUUAUAUUAACAACCAUCUCUCUUUCCAAAGAAAACCUGUCUAUGUAUGUGCUAAUUGUAGAAUAUUGUUUCUGAAGAGUACCAAAUGAUAAAUGUACUUUUUGGGGUUCUUGAUUAAUAAAAAUACUUUCUAAAUGAAAUAAAUACAAA